UUAGGACCAGUUCGAUCAAUGCCAUUGGAGAUUGGGCUAUGGAGCAGGAAGAAGCGGCCAUGGACAUGGACAUGGAAGUGGAAGGAAGUCAACUCCCCAAACCCGAGAAAUCGUCCAAGCGCUUCAGUCUCAGGAACUCAAUUCAGACCAACUUCGGCAACGACUACGUCUUCGAAAUUGCCCCCAAGUUUGAUUGGACUUUGAUGGGGGUGUCGCUGUCGACCAAUGCGGUGAAGCUGUACUCGCCGGAGACGGGGCAGUUCGGCGGAGAGUGUAGAGGCCACACCUCGACCAUUAACCGGAUCUCGUUCUCAGGCCCGUCGAGCCCGCACGUGCUGCACUCUUGCUCCUCUGAUGGGACAGUUAGAGCUUGGGACACCCGAACUUUCAAGGAGGUGUCAUGUAUAAGUGCAGGUCCUUCGCAAGAGAUCUUCAGCUUUUCUUUUGGUGGGUCAAAUAGUGUUCUUCUUUCGGCUGGAUGUAAAUCUCAGAUUCUCUUUUGGGAUUGGAGGAAUAAGAAGCAAGUGGCAUGCUUGGAAGAAUCUCAUAUUGAUGAUGUCACUCAGGUUCACUUUGUCCCUGACCACCCAAAUACACUAAUUUCUGCUUCAGAAGAUGGGUUGAUGUGUGUUUUUGAUACUGCUGGUGACAUUGAUGAUGAUGAUCAUAUGGAAUCGGUGAUAAAUGUGGGAACUUCAAUUGCGAAGAUUGCGAUGUUUGGGCAAAAUUAUGAGAGGCUCUGGUGCUUGACUCAUAUUGAAACCCUAAGUGUCUGGGACUGGAAGAGUGGACUAAAUGUAGCUAAUUUCGAAGAUGCUCGAUCAUUGGCAUCAAAAAGCUGGGCCAUGGGUCAGGUUGAUUAUUUUGUAGAUUGUCACCAUGCUGAAGAUGGCGAAGGUCUGUGGGUCAUUGGUGCAACUAAUGCCGGCACCUUAGGUUUCUUCCCGGUGAACUAUUAUGGGGAGCCUGGCAUCGGACCCGCAGAAGCUGUUCUUCAAGGGGGACACACUGGCAUUGUGAGAAGCGUGUUGCCUUUGUUGGGCUUGCCAGGGACGGCAUCCGCCCGAAGGCGAGGUACAUUUGGUUGGACUGGUGGGGAGGAUGGUCGGUUGUGUUGUUGGUUCUCGCAGGAUCUUUCUUCUGGUAUCGACCGGUCUUGGACAUCCAGUUCACUCGUUUCGAGAUCGCCAAGAGCUCAUCACAAGAAAAACAGGCAUCAGCCUUACUAAAGCUCCCAUUGAGGUUAUAGUUUGUGCCUUAUAUAUAUUUAAGUUAAAAAAGAUGUAUGUUUUGAUUCACUGGGUGCCGGAAGAAGGAAAAAUCCGUCCUUUACCUCUUACUUUUUAUUAAUUUUUUUUUGGGGGGCCUCAGCGAACUGAGAUGUUAUAUUUUCCCUCUAAUUGUAAUUUGUAAUUAUAAGAACUGAUUGAUAAAGCUAAAUUUUGAGCAAUUGAUGAGCAAAGUAGAACUGUU